AUGGAUGGCCCCAAGGAGUUGUGUUUAACGUGCAACAAGCCAGCGGCGAGCAGCUGUGCACGUUGCCACUGCAGCAAGUACUGCUCGAAGGACUGCCAGGCCGCCGACCAUCAAACCCACAAGCUCCUAUGCCGCGCCUACUCAUCACUCAACCGCUCGGUUCGACCCAGCCACGAGCACAAGCUCGGCAUCUUCUUCCCUCAGGACGAUCGCAAGCCCAAGCUCGUAUGGGUGCACUUCUCGUGGCACGAUGACGACGAGGUCGACUACGGCCACGGCUUCGGUUCCCGCUUCCAGAUGGCCGACAGCGAGCAACACCUGGGCGAGAUGGGGGCGGAGAGCCAGAUCCAGUACAACACGGUGCUGAAGCGCGAGCUGUCCAACACGAUCCGCAUCGCCUACCGAGACGCGUUCCUCAAGGACGGCUCGCAGCCCAACCAGGCCAUCCAGUCGCUGCCGGCCCGGCGCGGCAACAUCUUCGACUGGCGUGGUCCAAUACUGGCGUACGGGAUGCAUGGGCUUGGGCUGGACCAGACGGUGAGCCGCGACCUCGACCUCAACGACUUCCGCCACCUCGUCGACUACCUCGUCACCUACCUCAACCACGAAACGGACGGAGCCUGUCGCCCCGACGGCAACAGCAACAAGAAGGUCAAGGGCGUCAAGAUCAACUGCCAGGGCGACCAGGACGCCUUCGGGCUGCCGGCCUUCCAGGAGGUCGAGGUGCCGGGCACGCACCCCAUCUUCGUCGGCGUCGACCACGACACGUCCGAGAUCGCCGCCCGCGUCGGCAUCGCGCUGCUCACGCGCAAGUACCCGGCCAGCUCGGCGUGGGCGAAAGCGACGACCCGCGGCCACCCUUACGUCAACCAGCCCGCCACCUUCCUGCACCUCGCCUGCCGCGACGACGAGACGGCGGGAGCCGCCUGGGGCUGGGCCCCGCCGCCGUGGCAGCACGACGUCGGCAGCGUGCUCGCCGUGCGCGCCGACCAGAAGCCGCUGCACCCGCUGCACGUCGAGGCCCUGUGCCGCUUCUGCCAGUUCGAGAUGGGGCCCAUGUUCGAGCACUCCUUGGGCAUGUACAGCGCCAAGACGAAGCCGCUGAAGAAGGACUUGGUGCUGGCGCACGCCACGAGGCCGUUCUUCGAGCUCUUUUGGGGCAAGAUGCUGGAUCAGAAGCUCAAGGAGAGUGACGGUGCGGCGAGCCAGGUUUGGGAUCCGUAUGAGGAUGCUGAGGAACAUGAGCGUGAGAUGGAGGCCCUUUUUGCGAAUCUUGGAAUCCAUUCUUUUGGGAACAGUGGGGGCACCGCUAAAAUUGGGUAA